AGCGGCUGGCUCAGCAUGUGGUGCACGGGCCCAGCCGCAGUGGUGGUCUUUUUUGCCGGGCUUUGGGUCUCUAACCCGGGGCCGGCGCUGGGCCAGGAGGCCGGGGAACGGCCAGGGGCCGACUGUGAAGUAUGUAAAGAAUUCUUGAACCGAUUCUAUAACUCCUUGAUAGCCAGAGAAGUCAACUUUUCCCUGGACACCAUAGAAAAGGAAUUGGUCAGCUUUUGCUUGGAUGUCAAAGGAAAAGAAAACCGCCUGUGCUAUUAUCUAGGUGCAACGAAGGAUGCAGCCACAAAGAUCCUCAAUGAAGUCGCUCGCCCAAUGAGUGUGCAUAUGCCUGCACCAAAGAUUUGCGAGAAGCUCAAGAAGAUGGACAACCAGAUCUGUGAACUGAAAUAUGAAAAGAAAUUGGACCUGGCAUCAGUGGACCUGUCAAAGAUGAGGGUAGCAGAGCUGAAACAGAUACUGCACAGCUGGGGAGAGGGGUGCAGAGCCUGUGCAGAAAAAACUGACUAUGUGAAUCUCAUCACUGAACUGGCACCCAAGUAUGCAGCAGCCCGUCCCAAAACAGAGCUGUGACCCUCCGAUGCCGAUGUGCCAUCAAGGAGAGACACAGUGACUCUCCAGGAUAUGGACUUGUUGGUUAAGAGUAACUGGGAGUUGCGCUGUAUGUGGUCUCAUACUUUUUGCUUUGGUAACACAACCAACCAAGAAUUGGUUACUUGGAUUUACGAUGAAAACUGCUAAUAUUAGUGGUCUCUUCCAUUUGCAGGGUACCCAAACCUAACAGUGCUUUUCUUAUCAUUUUUGUAAGGAUUAUAUAUAUUGUCUUUGCCCAUUUCCUUAAAAGUGGGAAAUGUGAACUACUGAAAAAUUGAUGGAGUAGUCGAUUCAAAGAAGGAAGACAGUGCUCAGAGGCUGCUCUCUGUGUAUUAAGUUUUAGUUAAAUAUAUUGGUUUAGGAUAAAAGAAAGUUUGGCCUACCUAACUCCCACCUUCAAUCCAAAACAAUAACAUGGCAUAAUCAAAGGUUUUAAAAAGUAAACUUUGUACAUUCAACUGCAAAUCACUCU